AUGCUUGCACAGCGCACAACUCUCACGGAGUCCCAGCUAAUUGACCUCUGGCUGAGGACCCAAGCCCAGAAGGCAAACACCCAAAAUCACUGGAAUUACUACAGGAUAUUGGAGGCUCAUGAUAGGGCCACAGCAUAUGCAGGCACGAGGCAAACAGUUUUGCAGCAUUCAGCCGACUUUGCAAAAGCCAGAAGAAGAAUAAUACAAACACGCAUUGUCACUUAUUGGGAUUGUGAGGCUGCAAUUGUCAUGGCUGGCAGCUGUGUCAACCAGGAUGUCACAUUGGCCUUCCUCCAUGCUACCUCAGGAGCGGAGAAUCAAGAACCUAUGUGCAAAGGCUCAUCAGAGGCACUAGAGGGAGCUGGCAACAAGAAGGAUGUCCCUGUGGUCAUCAGAAAGUUGAUAUCAUCACAGCUUGCGGGUCUUGGCCAUGACUUUGUGUCUGGAAAAUUGUUUCCCUGGAAAGGUAUGGUGAAAGAACUAGCAAAAAGAGGGAUCACAUGUAUUAAUUGGCACAAUGGUGUGCUCCUUCCAGGAGAUGAACAAUGCAACACUGCCAAGCCCAAAGGGAUCUUGGACCUCACUCUUUCUGAGCGUAGCAUCCUUGUUAACAGCCUGCAGGACAAAAGUUCAAAGCACCUACACUUCAAAUGUGUCCCAGACAUGAAAAAACCCAUCAUCCAGGGUGCUGCACCCCUCCAUGACUCCCUUAACUUGCAUGGUCUGAGGAAAUUUUACAAGGGCAGUGUGGAUCACAAGGAGGAGCCCCGAGAGAUUGAUCACUCUGGAAGUAAGGUCAAAAGGCCAAAAAAGAAAGUACCCUCUGCACCAAGUAUCACAACCAUCAGUGGUGUCGAAGAACAAGAGGAGGAGGAGGCUCCCAAGGAACCUCCGGCCCAGAAGGUGUUCAGAACAUCCAGGCAGGUCACCAGAAUGGUUGACCGCAAGGGAAUGGGCCUUGCUCUGUCUGAUUCCAAAGAUAAUAAUUCUCACAAUGAGCAGGAAGAUGAUGAUAAUAGCAACCAUGAUGUUAAGCUUGGUCAUAAGUGUAAGGCCAAGGCUGCCCCAUCCACAUAG